AUGGGAGCAGGGGCCUCCGCUCAUAAGGCUCUCUGGGAGAAUGCAAGCCAGAACGACCUCAACGACUUUGUGAAGGGCCUUUCCAAGGAAGAGGCCGCAAAGCUGGCAGCGGCUCUCCAGGCGCGCCACGUUGCCGCACCGCUUGGCAUCCGUGAGAUGUCGGCACUCCACGCGACCCACAGCUUCAACGCAUCCAAGGAGAUCCCGCGCCAGGUGGUCAAGGAUAUCCUCGAAGGCCUGCGCAGCGUGCCCUCUUCCGCCAACACACAGCCCUGGACCAUCGUGGUCGUCCAAGGUGCUACCCGCAAGCUUCUCUCCGAGAAGAUUGUUGCCAAGUUCGAUGCUGGCGAACAGGGGGCUGCCCUGUAUGCCGACCUUCCCAAGGACAUGCCCGCACGCAUGCAGAAAGCUGUGGAUGCCUACGCGAAGGAAUACGAUGCCUUCCUGGGCGAUGACAAGGCAAAGCUGCGAAAGGGCUGCGAGUUCUUCGGCGCACCCCUUCAUCUCGUGGUCUGUGCACCGAAGGGGCCAUGCCUGGAGGAGAGUCCGCCCGUGGAUGGUGUGUUCCUUGACAUGGGGUCGGCCAUGACGGCCAUGUCCUUCUCUGCCUUCGAUCUGGGUCUCGGGGUCCACCCGCAGUUCUCCCUCGCGAAAUAUGACGGCAUCUACAAGGAGGUCCUGAAGGAGAAGAUGCCAGAUGACCAUUUUGUCAUCUGUGGCCUCAGCGUUGGAUACCUGGAGAAUGAUCAGGAUCCUCGCAAGACGCCGGGCUUUGUGCCCUCGAAGUUGAGUGUGGACGACACCACGAGGUGGGUGAACUGCGACGCCGAGUGGCUGAAGACCCAUGGAGAUGCGGUGACUGGCAACAGCGAGCACGGCUUGAAGCACUUAGUGCAUUCCCGACACUGCUCCCAUACCCUGGAUACACCUCGGCCAGUUCCUUACGACUUCCUUGCCUCCAUUCUGCGGCUUGGCAGAUUUACGGCUAGGGGUGGAGGUACGAGGUUUUGA